AUGAGGAGAACAACGGCAAGGCCUCCGCAAGUCACACAGAGCGGGCUAGCCGCGGCUUUUACUGGCGAGCCGAGAUCGCAGAUGAGGAGCGUCAAGACAAGACAAGUCGAAAAGCCUGCAGCGACCAACAGGGUGGUGGACAGCCUGCGAGCACAAGCGCCAUCAUCGACAGAUCCGACUGCCAAGGUGAAGAAGAAGAAAUCUAAGAAAGGAAACAAGAAACAAGGGAGUCUGCAAGGUCAACUGAAAGCUGCAGUUGAAGGCCUGACCAGGGCGCACCAAUACCUAGCUGAAGAGCGGAGCAGGCUGCUCACUGAGAGCAGAGAAUCCCAGGCGUCGCCUCCUCCGACAGAGUCAGGCCUGGACUCAGAUCGUCGGUCUCAUGACUACAACUGGAAGGUUGACAAGAUCGAAGAGCAUGUCUCGUCCAACAGGUACGACGAUGUCGUCCUACAUCUCAAGCAAGAGCUGGAGACUCGCGGCGCCGAGUUCGAAGCCCUGCGGUCCGACCUGUCGAGCAGGUUGCUGUCGUACGAAAGUCUCCUGGGGAGGAUGGAAGCCAAAUACGAUGCUCAGAUUCGCUCUGUUCAAGAGAAUUCUUCUGAGGCACUUGACCUGGCCAACAGGUCUGUUAGGGUGCUGGAGAAGUUUGAGCAUGACAGGGCAGCGCUGAACGCGCAUGUAUCGGAGGAGCUGGAGCGAUUGUCAACGAGGCUAGAGGGGAUGGAGGCGUCGAUCUCCAGCCACAACAGAGAUUUUAUCGAGAAGAACCGACAGAUUGAGGUGCGUCUGAAGCCCAAGGUUGAGGCGCAAGAGGAGCUGCAGAGUCAGAUGCUUGCCCGUCUGACGGGGCUGGAGGGCAAGUUGGAUGCGAUCAUGCGAGAUCAUACAGGCUUCAAGUCAGAAUUGGAGAGAAUGAACAGUGCGUACGAGAGCUUGCGGCAGAGGGUCGUGAGUCGAGAGAGUGAGGGGGGGUUCGACAUGCAAGGAUCUUUCUCUGAGGACAGCAUCUCCCCUCGGAGUGAUGUUCCUAGCAAGUUCCAAGGUGGAGAUCCUCGCAGAUGGAACGAAGAGGCUCCUUCGCGCGGGACUGUUGACACCCUAAUAGUCAAAGUCAAGGGGCUCGACGCCCACGUUCGCUCGCUGCAGCUGGAGCUGAGACAGGAGAACGAAUUCUGGAACAAGAGGUUCUCAGCGGACAACAACAUGGAGGACGUCGCUGUUAAAGUUCGCACUUACAAUCUCGUCAGAGAGCUCCACAAGAAGUAUGAGGAGACCAACAACCAGCACAGGAGCUUGAUGCGGGAGCUCCAGCGACUAUCGGAGAGAAGCAGGGAGGCAUUCUCGUUCGAGACUGGCUGCAAGGACAGCGACAUCGACACAAAGCUCAGAGUUGACAGCAGCUUGGAGGCCUGCGCGAAGUUCUUGCUGUCGGGAGUCUACCUGCUGACGAGCUUCGCACAGAGCAUGAAGCACUCGUUGUCUGCGAUGAGGAUCGGGCAGGAGGCAGCCCUACCAGCCAGCAAUGGAUGUCAAGGAUCAUUCCAGCUGCUGCUGGGGCCCAAGGUGGGGAAGUUUGACGGCCGGUGGGCAAGUGGAAGGAACAUGCCGUCGGACUCGCUGGAAAGCUGA